GGCUGGCUUUGCAGCACCAUCACGCCCAGCUCCUCCACCGGCACUUCUCGGCCUGGCAACUGGCGCAGAGACACAAGGAGCAGUCGGAGCACCUCGCCCAGCAGGCAGCCGGCACAGCCUUGCGAAGGGCUUUUGCCCGGUGGGAACUCUAUGUGGUGUUGUGUGCCGAAGAGGCAGAGCGUUACCGGCUGGCUCAAAGCCACCAUAACCGUCGCCUGCUGAGUUGGGGGUUUCGUGCCUUGUGGAGGAACGUUCGGGAGGCUUCCCUCAAGCAAGUGAGAAGAAACCUGGCUUGUCAGCAGCACCGGAUCGUGCUCACAACCAGGUUCUGGGCUUGCUGGAGAUCUCACCUGGAGCAGAAAGAGGACGAGCAGCACCGCCCGCUGACUCUGGCAGCCGUUUCUCACCACAGCCGGGGGCUGCUGCAGACGUCUCUGCGGACCUGGAGACAGCGAGCCUGCGGGGAAAGACAACAGAAGCUACAGUGUGCCAAAGCCGACCAGCAUCGCGAGGCCGUGGUCCUGUCUGCUGCCUUUCAGGCCUGGGAGCUGUUCAAGGAUCACCAGCUCUGGUGGAGUGAGAUGAACGGGGUGGCCGCCGGCUAUCACAG